UCUACCGGUGUGGUCGGUCAGUUGUCACACGUACGUUUAAAGAAGUGCACGCUUAUGUACCUCUAUCGAUAUCGACAAAUAAGGUUGGAAGCCUGCGUCAUAACGAAAAGCAAAUAAAUCGCGUGAAUUUCGUCAUGUAAAUUAAUAAUUGAACACCACGCAUGCGUUGUGGUCAACAAAACAUUGUGAUCAUGGUUAUAUGUUUUUGAAGAGCAUAAUGUCUUGGAUUAUUCAGUGUCUCGUUUGGAUCAGUCUGACCUCAGUUCCUGCCUUCACUUAUAAUGAUUAUUUAGAAUAUCAAUCAUCUUCUGAGAAUAGAGAUGAGUAUUCAAGAGAACCAGUCCACAGAGCAGAGCAGGCCAGUAUAGGUAACAGACGGAGCUAUCAACGAGCAGAACGAUAUUAUGAGGGACCAAAUGAACGAUCUCAAAUGAAUGAUAGAUCAAUCCCAAUUAAUUAUAAGGGAGUGAAUGCACAAGAGAACAGAAGGAGAGACACAGUUGACGAUGCUAACAGGAGAAACAGCAAUUCGUCACUGAAAAUUGUAAAUGAUUUAUCAAAACCAUAUCCCCUGAUUAGUAAUAGAAGAACACAAGAAUCAAAACCAUCACUAAGGGACAGUGUAGUGUUCCCGGGUCCAACUUCAAGAACCACAUUCCAUCCACAGAUAUCAGAUGAGAACUGUUUGAAGAAUGGAAUAUGCGAGAGCAUUCCUAAUUAUCCUUCGGAGCGGGUGGCUUCUAUUCUAAAUGAACUGGAAAAUUCAAAAUACAGAUUCAAUGUAGACAUAUUGGAUAUACCGGAGAUAGUGCAACGAAUUGGAUCCCCUGAUCAAAUGAUGGCACUUUGUAACUCCGAAGAGAAGGUCGUGUACCCCGAAGCGGCUUAUGACGAUAAAUGGUAUAUCAUACUCAAUCAAAAGAAAACACCUCGACAAGGUUUCAGAGUUGAAAUCUGCAGGCCUGCAAACGUGGCUUGUUCAAGCAUAAUCUAUGUUGACGAGACUACGUACAAUGCGACGUGUAUACAAAAACAUCAAUACCGCCAAAUGGCGGCCCUCGACGAAUCCGGCAAUCUCAUAGAGAAGGAGUUCAAAAUACCUUCAUGCUGUUCUUGCGCCAUAUCUGCUAAAAAGCCUGCUAAGCCUUGAAGAUGUUUAAAAACAUUUUGUGUACCUGGAACUAUUUAGUGAUUGAAGAACUGAAGACAAAUUGUGUUGCUUAGUGGUUCAGAAUAUGUUUCAUUACAAAAAUAGUAAAUUUACUUCUUGUAAAUCAUAUUGUAUAAAAAAAUUGUAUACCAAACAAUAUGUACUCAAAUUAUUAUAGACUGUCAUAUUAAGAUGUUCUUGAGUUGUUUAUUCUUUUAUUUAAAUACGAAUAAGAAAAAAUCAAACAAUACAUUAAAAAAAACAAGCCUACUAGCCAAAUUGAGACUUCGUACAAAAUGAGGCCUGAGGUCUGUCUAACCAAUUAUUGACAUCGAACAGAUUUUCCAAG